ACCCUGAUAUCUCUUCCUGAAUUGGGUGAGGCAGAGCUUAAACCCUAUCUCUCUCCAUUUCCCCUUAAACCGUAUUCAAAUUCCCAUCACACCCUUCUCGCUGACACGUAUUUUCAUAUCAUGGCUUCCAGAAUUGCCCCAUUUCACCCAAUUUUGAGACCCAUUUUGUGCGAUGUUUUCCCUCACAAGCUGCAUUAUCAAUUUCUCAGGCCCGCAAAUUUGCAGAGGAGAUUGCUGUUAGCCUCGGUUCAAGCAAUUAGGCCGAUGCCGCUCGGUAAUAUCAGAUUCUCGACUCGUUCGUCCCGGGAGAGGAUGAGUUCGGGCAUGGGCAAGGGCUCGCGGGCCUCGGCCUCCAAGAGUUUGAUUGAGGAUGAGGCUGAUCUGAGUGACUGGGUUACUGAUCUGAAUUCGAGCUCAUUCAAGAAAACUCGGGUGUAUAGUGAUAGUGAGGAUGAUGGUGGAAGGGGUGGGGAUGGGAGGAGAAGACGAGAUGGAGAAUUUGAUAAAGAUUCCGAUUUUAGUGGUAGACGAGGCGGUGGUGGACGUGGGGGGCGGUUUUCUGGUGAGGAGCGCGAAUUUAGUAGGGGCGGUGGUAGCUCGUAUGGUGGGAGAGGCGAGGGGCGUGAAACAAGUAAAUUUACCAGGGGUGGUGGCAGAGGUGGGGGGCGUGAUUCUGGUAAUUUGAGCAGGGGUGGAAGAUUUGGGGGUAUCUCGGAUGAGAGGAGAGAGCGUAACAAUGACUAUGUGAGCAGGGGGGGUGGAGAGUGGAAAGAGAAGAGACAGAGUGAGAGAGGUUCGGGAAUGACAUAUGGAAAUAGAGGAGGAAGAAGUGGGGAUCGAGGUGGUUUGGCGACGAAAGGAGGAGGAAGAGGGAUGGAAAGAAGAGGGUUUGUUGUUACAGAUGACGAGGAUGUGGAUGUGGAUGUGGAUGAGUAUGAUGAUGAUAAUGAGGAAGAAAAUGAUAAGGGGUAUACAAGUUUUAAGGAUUUACUUAACAGUGAUGAAGCAGAUGAAGACGAUGAUGAUGACGAUGAAGAUGAAGAAGCGAGAGAUGACGAAGAAGUGGAAGUGGUGAGAGCCAAGCUUGAGAAAGGGAGCUCUGCUAAAAGCUCACCCCAAAGUAGCGAUUCAUACCUUAGCGAAAGCAGGUUCGAUCAAUGUCCCAUCUCACCUUUAUCACUUAAAGGAAUCAAAGAUGCUGGUUAUGAAAGGAUGACUAUGGUGCAAGAUGCAACUCUUCCUAUCAUUUUGAAAGGUAAGGAUGUCCUCGCCAAGGCAAGAACUGGCACAGGGAAAACUGUUGCUUUUCUGCUUCCUGCAAUUGAAAUCAUAGCUCAAUUACCUCCUGCUGACCGCGAUCAAAAAAGAUCCCCGAUACACGUGCUAGUGAUAUGCCCAACAAGAGAACUUGCUACUCAGGCUGCUGCCGAGGCCAACAAAUUGUUGAAGUAUCAUUCUUCUAUUGGUGUUCAAGUUGUCAUAGGAGGUACCCGGUUAGCUAUGGAGCAAAAAAAGAUGCAAGCCAAUGCAUGCCAGAUACUCGUGGCAACACCUGGAAGGCUUAGGGAUCAUGUAGAGAAUACAGCUGGAUUUGCAACUCGACUCAUGGGAGUUAAAGUCUUGGUCCUUGACGAAGCUGAUCAUUUACUAGAUAUGGGAUUCCGCAAAGAAAUAGAGAAAAUAAUAGCUGCUGUCCCAAAACAACGACAGACACUUCUAUUUUCUGCAACAAUUCCACAAGAGGUUCGUCAAAUCUGCCAUGUUGCCCUAAAACGAGACCAUGAAUACAUAAACACAGUAGAAGAAGGAAGUGAAGAUACACAUGCGCAGGUCAGGCAGACGCACCUAGUCGCACCUUUGGACAAACACUUUUCGCUUCUUUACACUAUGCUAAAAGAGCAUGUUGCAGAUGAUGUUAACUACAAGGUCCUUGUUUUCUGCACCACCGCAAUGAUGACAAAGCUCGUUGCUGAGCUUCUCAACGAGCUUAACUUGAAUGUCAGAGAGAUACAUUCUCGAAAACCACAAAGUUACAGGACGAGAGUCUCGGAUGAGUUUAGGAAGUCGACUGGUCUAAUUCUCGUCACGUCUGACGUGUCUGCGCGUGGUGUUGAUUAUCCUGAUGUCACCCUCGUUGUGCAGAUCGGUGUUCCUGCAGAUAAACAGCAAUAUAUCCACCGAUUGGGUCGAACCGGCCGAAAAGGAAAAGAAGGGGAAGGUGUGCUGUUGUUGGCACCUUGGGAAGAGUUCUUCUUGAACACCAUCAAAGACCUGCCAAUAUCGAAGGCAUCUGAACCAUUGGUCGAUCCAGAUACUACGAAAAGGGUCGAACGUGCUUUGUGCCAAGUCGAGAUGAAGAGCAAAGAAUCAGCAUACCAGGCGUGGCUCGGGUACUACAACUCCAACAAAAGUGUUGGUCGAGACAAAUAUAAGCUCGUGGAGCUUGCAAAUGAGUUCAGCAGGAGCAUGUGUCUGGACAACCCUCCGGCCAUUCCGAAGCUAGUCCUCGGGAAGAUGGGUUUGAAGAACAUCCCUGGAUUGAGAUCAAAGUAGACAAUGAAAGACACAUUUUCAUUUUACGUUAGUUUUAUGUGAGGAGACUUGACCAUCAUUAGCCUAAAUUUUUGUAAAUUCAAUCUAAGCAAGGAAAUUUGUAGGCCAUUUCUUUGUAGAGAAACAUUUAUAAUGCUUAUGCUUUUGCCGAAAUGUAAACAAAGAUAAUUUGAUGGAAA